UUCAUCUGCUCCCUGCCUGGAGGGGGCGGGGCCUGCUCAGCCCAGGCGGUUCGAGGGGUCCCGGGGGUCCCGGGGGUUCCGUCCCGCUGACCCGCACGGCCCAACACCCUCAUGGCGCCCACCGUGGUCGUGGUUGGGGGCGGCAUCAGCGGUCUGGCCGCCUGCUACCACCUAGCCCGCGGUCCCCGCCCGCCCAAGGUCCUGCUGCUGGAGGCCAGCGACCGCCUAGGGGGGUGGCUGCAGAGCACCCGCACCCCCGACGGGGCCGUGUUCGAGCACGGACCCAGGGGCAUCCGCCCCGGGGGGGUGGUGGGCACCGACACCCUUCACAUGGUCUCUGAGCUUGGCCUGGAGGGUGACAUCCUACCCGUCCCCGGGGACCACCCGGCCUCCAGGAACCGUUUCCUCUACACCGGUGGAGCCCUUCACAAGCUGCCCUCGGGCCUGGGGGGUCUGCUGCGGACGGUGCCCCCUUUCUCACGGGCUCUGCUCUGGAGCGGGUUGCGGGACCUGACGGCACCGGCGGGGACAGAACCCGACGAGAGCGUCCACGCCUUCGUUCAUCGCCGCUUUGGGCCCGAGGUGGCUGACAUCGCCGUGGACAGCCUGUGCCGGGGGGUGUUUGCCGGGGAUUGCCGGACCCUGAGCAUCCGCUCCUGCUUCCCCGCACUCUUCGAAGCCGAGCGGCGCCGGCGAUCCGUCCUGCUGGGGCUGGCGCUGGGCCCUGGGAAGGGGCGCGGGGUGGAGUCGGGGCUGAGCCGUCGGGCGCGUGCGGAGCGCUGGAGUCAGUGGUCGCUGCGGGGAGGGAUGCAGAGCUUGGCCGAGGCCUUGGCUGCCUUCCUGCGCCCACGCGGCGUUGAACUGCGCUGCCACGCACCCCUGCGACGCCUGCGACGCUGCCACGAUGGGCGGUGGCAGCUCACCCUGACCGAUGGCACCGUCACAGCCGACCACGUCAUCAGCGCCCUCCCGGCUGCAGCCCUGGCUGAGGUGCUGCCGGAUGAGGCUGAGCCGCUGGCGCAGGAGCUGCGGCGCAUCCCGGCCGUGUCGGUGGCCGUGGUCAACCUGCAGUACGAGGGAGUCACGCUGCCUGUCACGGGUUUUGGGCACUUAGUGCCUUCCUCUGAGAACUCUUCCCUCCUGGGCAUCGUCUAUGACUCGGUGGCCUUUCCCCAGCACGAUGGCACCGGGGCCUCCUCGGUGCGGCUGACAGUGAUGCUGGGAGGAGCAUGGUUCCAGCAGAGCUUUGGGGACCCAGCAGCGGUGGCACCGGAGCAGCUGCUGCAGCGGGCACAGGCGGCCGUGCGGGAGCAGCUGGGCCUGGAGCCACCUCCGAUCCGCUCCAUCGUCCGGGUGCACCAGGCCUGCAUCCCACAGUACACACUGGGCCACUGGCAGCGCACAGAGCGCAUCACACGGUUCCUGGCAGAGCAGCAGUUGCCCCUCAGCCUCAUCGGAGCCUCCUAUGCCGGCGUCUCCGUCAACGACUGCAUCGCCAGCGCCAAGGCAGCUGUGGGGCGGUUGUUGCGGUGACCUGGCCUGCCCUCCACGUGCCCCAGCACCAGCCAGCCCUGCCGCAGUAGGACAAAGUGUUUGGUUUUUAAUUGAAAAAUCCUUAUAAAGGUCCAGGGAGCAGCUCAUAAA